AAACUGUUCCUCUCGGCAGCAGUUGGCACUUAGCGUAGCCCAAACCAUGCUGAAGAAACGCACCUGAAGUUUUAUAUUCUCUGUGUGGAUAGAUCACAAGGAAGAACUCAUGAAUUGACAUGGGUCAACAUACUUUUCGUUACCAGGCAAAAAUUAUCGGGUCAUCUGACAUUCAUGAAAGAGAGGAACAAAAAUCUUCCUCCUUGCACACAUGAAUCCUUUAGGCUAAGCAAACGGAUUUAGCAGCAACAGGGACUCCUGAUCACCCUCGGCUGUAACCUGAAUUCUGAGGACAUCUAGUGGCGUCAGCCCACGGCAGGGACUGGGUCUUCACGGCUGGAGACUUCCCAAUGGCACCUCUGUAUUUCAGCCGAGUUCUGCAACACUGCUUCUGGCCUUUACUGGUUGAAGAAAGAGGAAUAAUUGCCUCCCAAUUGGCAUUUUCACCUGAUAAAUUAACUGUGAACUUAUGCUACUUUUUCCUUGUUUUAUUUUCUCUGAUCUUGGCAUUUCCACUUCACUGCAAAAUCAAAAGCAGUAAAAACAAGUUGAAUGCACAGAAGAGUAGCACUCUUCAGCUCAGUGAGCCCCUGAACUGAUACUUCCUCCUGAGGAGAAGCAGACAUCAUGAAGCAAAAAUUGACAUCAUCAGUUCAAAUUAUUUUGCUACUUGCUCUGACUGUAGUGGGUCUGAAUGGUCAAUCAUACCCGGGAAAACCUAAGAUAAUAAGGUGUCGUUCUCUAGAAAAGGAAACCUUUUCUUGUUGGUGGAAGCCUGGCUCAGAUGGAGGAUCUCCUACCAAUUACACCCUGUUCUACAGCAAGGACAGUGAAGAAAAAAUCUAUGAAUGUCCAGACUACCGAACGUCAGGUCCCAAUUCCUGCUACUUUGAUAAAAAACACACUAAUCCUUGGACAACAUAUAAUAUCACUGUAAUGGCAACGAAUGAAAUUGGAAGUAACAGCUCAGAUCCUCAGUAUGUGGAUGUGACCUCCAUAGUUCAGCCAGAUGCUCCUGCAAACCUCUCUCUAGAAAUGAAACCAUCUGCUAGCAUAAUGUACCUUUGGGCAAAAUGGUCUCCCCCUCCAUUAGCCGAUGUCAGCUCAAAUUCACAUGUAUAUCACUAUGAGCUACGACUAAAACCUGAGGAAAAGGAAGAGUGGGAGACAAUAUCUCUUGGAGAGCAGACAGAGUACAAAGUGAUUAUACGACAAGCUGGAGUGAAAUAUGUUGUUCAGGUCCGUUGCAUGUUAGACCUUGGAGAAUGGAGUGAGUGGAGCUCCGCAAGAUGCAUUCAGAUCCCCAAAGGAGAGUCACCUCCUGAAAAGCCUACGAUAAUAAAAUGCCGUUCUCCAGAAAAAGAAACAUUUACUUGUUGGUGGAAGCCUGGAUCAGAUGGAGGACAUCCUACUAACUACACUUUGCUUUACAGCAAAGAAGGAGAACAACAAAUUUAUGAAUGUCCAGAUUACAGAACUGCAGGCCCCAACUCGUGCUACUUUGAUAAAAAGCACACCUCAUUCUGGACCAUAUACAAUAUUACUGUGAGGGCAACUAAUGAAAUGGGAAGUAAUGUCUCUGAUCCUCGUUACGUGGAUGUGACUUACAUAGUACAGCCAGAUCCUCCUGUGAAUGUAACUCUGGAAUUAAAAAAGCCGAUAAAUAGAAAAACAUAUCUGGUCUUGACAUGGUCUCCACCACCGCUGGCUGAUAUCAGAUCUGGAUGGCUGACCCUUGAAUAUGAGUUGCGACUAAAGCCUGAAGAAGGAGAGGAAUGGGAAACUGUUUUUGUGGGACAGCAAACACAAUAUAAAAUGUUCAGUUUAAAUCCUGGAAAGAAGUAUAUUAUACAGAUUCACUGCAAAGCAGACCACUAUGGAUUAUGGAGUGAAUGGAGCCCAGAAUAUUAUAUUGAGAUACCUACUGACUUCAGAGUAAGAGAUAUGGUUGUGUGGAUCGUUGUUGGUGUCUUGUCAUCUCUUGUAUGUUUAAUCAUGAGCUGGACAAUGGUUUUGAAAGGGUACAGAAUGAUAGCCUUUUUCCUACCACCAGUUCCAGGACCAAGGAUAAAAGGCAUAGAUACGCAUCUGUUAGAGACAGGAAAAUCUGAAGAAUUAUUGAGUGCUCUUGGUUGCCAUGGUUUCCCUCCAACAUCAGACUGUGAGGAACUACUGAUAGAAUAUCUGGAGGUAGAGGACAGUGAGGACCAGCAGCUCAUGCCAAGCCAUGACAAGGGUCAUACCAGUAAAAAUGCAAAAAUGAUACCUAAGGAAACCAGCAGUGACUCGAUACGAGGGAGCUGUGAUAGCCGUUCUCUGCUUGCUCAGAAGGGCAGGGAGUCCCGUGCCCUUCCAUCAACACUUCAAACACAAGAUGUAAGAGAUGUUCAAGAAAAUAAAGGAGGAAAAAAGACCUGUAAAAUGCAUCAUAUAGCCUCAGAACAGGAAACAGUCCUUUUUAACGACGACAGUACAAAAUCAUCCACAUGGCCUGCAGUUCAGUUACCUAAUAAUCAGCCUCCUGUGUUUGCCUACCACAGUACUGUAGAUGCACAUAAGAUAAUACUGAAUACCACAAAUGUGAACAUUGCACCAGUUUUGGUGGAAAAUGAAGAAAAGCAUCAGUCACAAUAUCCUAUCACUGAAACUGUCCACAACAACAUGGAAAAGCAAAGAGAGAUGGAGAAUUUGCUUUCGAAAACUGACCAACCCACAGUGCGGGCCAAACAAAACAGACCUAAUCCCAGGCCACCUUUUUGGAAUCCUAAACUAAUGGAUUAUGUAGAAGUUCACAAAGUCAGAAAAGAGGAGGAUCCAUCACUAUUCCUGCAACAUAAAGGAAAUAGAGGAAAGACUAAAAAAUCCACCAAAGAGUAUACCAAGGUCUCAACAGUUGUGGACCGUAAUUUUCUAGUAUUAAUGCCAGAUGCACGCAUCCAGCACAGACCCGUGUCACCAGAACCUGCAACGGAAACGCGUCAGAACUGUCAACAAGGUCAAGAUGAGAAAAAUACAUUUCCAAGUGAGCACAGAAGAGACAACAGUGGAUCAGACUACAUGGACCCAACUUCCUUUAUGCCCUCCUUUAAAUAACUAGUAGUUAGUACAGUACAUACUUAGUAGUUAUGUACAGUAAAACAAAACCAUAUAGCAAAUAGUUCCAUAAAAAAUCCUAGCCUCCUAUGUGUAUUAUACAGGGAAUAAAAUAAACUGUGGGUUGAGGUAAUAAUCAUGGAAGUAAACCUUGGAUCAUUAACACAUGUUUCUGACACAGGGAAAUGAGGAAAGGGAUAUUAUCUGCCAUGAAAAAUACAUUGUAAGCUAAUUACUCAGCUCUGCGGAGCUUCUAUUAGUUGAUUAAGCCUGAGGGAAUACUGCAGAUGCAACGAAGAUGAAAAUUGUUACCGGUCAGUCAGUACACCAUAGUGAUCUGAGCAGUUCCUAAAUGAGAUAAAUCAUUGCACAACAGCAUUCUGAUCUACAAUGUAUUUUCUUCUGAAUACACUCUGACACUAGAUUAAGUUUUCUUUACAUUUUUUCUCAAUCCUUAAGAAAAAAGCUCUUAUAUAUGACAAAUCAUAUAUAAAAAAGAAUAUAUUCAAAAAUUACAGUAAAAUAACAAAUUCUUCUAUGUUUUUGCUUUGUUGCAAUGUGACCAAAAAUUUUGCAUCCCAUUCAUAUCCUAAUCCAAUCAAACCAAACAUGAAAAAAAUAGCAGGAUAUUUGAUAUACUGCCUUACUGUAUAUAAUAUACAAUUCUACUUUAGUACAAGCCCAUAUGUUUAACAAUGUAUUUUUAAAAGCUAUUUUUCUAUUACCAAAAAAAAGGCAAGAUAAAAUAUUUUUUAAUUUCCCAAUGCUAUUUAGCUACUUAGGAACUUUUCUGUUUCCUACUGCUGAGGCAGCAGUAACAAGUAAAGCUACCAUUUCUAUACAAAGCAUAAAAUUAAACUUUAUAUUAAUAAAUAAUAUGAAGUAAUUUUUAAACUAUAUUUCUAAUAUAUUGCAAAUUUAUUCAUAUUUGAAUUGUAAAUUAUUUAUUUCACAUGUUUUUUAUCACCUGUAAUUAUAAAUUUAAAAUAGAAUCUAGGUUUUGAGAGCAAAGCUGCUUUCCCAUUGAAUUUGUACUCUGAUGCCAGUCAUGAAUGGAACGGUGUUCUCCUGCAUCCUUAGACAUUGCAUUUUUCUUUGAGUCUGGAAGGAAAGUUUGAAGUCAGAUUUUUUUAUAGUGAACUUAUCAACAUUGAUUUUGGAAUCCAGCCUCCAAAGUGAAAGAUAUGAGGCAUAAAGUUUGAGUCAGAGCUCUGCUGAAAUAGUGGUGGGAAAGAGGAAAGGAGUCCAUGUACUUGGGCUGGACAGAUGUCAUAGAAUCCUACAAUCAGUUGGAAAAGACCUUUAAGAUCAAGUCCAGCCAUUAACCUAGCACUGCCAAGUCCACCACUAAACCAUGUCCCUAAGCACCACAUCUACGCAUCUUCUAAAUGCCUCCAGGGAUGGUGACUCCACCACUUCCCUGGGCAGCCUGUUCCAGUGCUUGAUAACCCUUUUGGUGAAGAAAUUUUCCCUAAUAUCCAGUCUAAACUUCGCCUGGCACAACUUUAGGCCAUUUCCUCUUGUCCCUGGAACAGCAGUGGGAACAGGUCCACUAGCUUCAGUGGAAAUUGGAAACAAGGUAAAGGAAAUUGUACUGUACAUGUGAAGGAAAGUGUAUUUACUAUAGAUGAGCUCUCUUCUGUUCUUGUCCUUCCUGAGCAGCUUUACAUUUCUCCAGCUUUUCAUGAUUUCACGCACCGAGCCAGGCAGUAUCAGGUAACCUGCUGCAGAGCCAGCCAAAACUGUCUUUCAGAUUUUGAAGGUCACAGAAAGCCACAUCUAACUUGGCAAAUCAGAUUCUCACCUUUUACCUUCAUGCAAUGGAACUGCUUGAGGACAGAUCAGCUGAGCUGUCUAGCCCUUCCGCUGGCAGGACUUUAGAAUUUAACUAAUUGCCUGUGUGUCUGUAAACAUAUGUGUUAGUGUAUACUGUAACACUUACUUUAGGCAUCAAAUUUAGAGUCUGUGUCCUCUAUAGAGGCAACAUAGUGCCACUUGCAGAGGUUGAUCAGAGCAGUUUGGGUGCUCUGCUGAAUGUGUAGGGAGGUAUCUUAGAUUCUUAAUUCAGCCACUUAUUUAACAUAUGAAGACAUGAAGUGACUACUCCAGAGAGCAACCAAACAUAAAUUUUUUUUUUAGUUAUAGUUAACAACAGGACAAUUUUACUGUGUAUCUUACAAAUUUUCUAGAGAUGCUAAAAGUACUGCAAAGAAACUAUCAACUUACCAGUCAAAACCGGAAUGUUUUGCAGAGUAGCAACUUGUGUGUGUGCAUGUAUGUGAGCUGAUAGUACACUCUUAUUGGCAGUGCUUCAUUCACAUUUCAGUUUUCUGACUGACUCUGACAGGGCUGAUCCAGAUCAGACACAUUCUCUUUCUUUAUACAGAUAGACAUAUCUGAGCCAAGCUGUUGUUUUCUACUUCUAAUGCUGUGCAUAAUGACAUAGAAUCAUAGAAUAUCCUGAGUUUGAAGGGACCCAUAAGGGUCAUCGAGUCCAACUCCUGGCUCCGCACAGGACCAGCCGAAUCAAAGCAUAUGACUGAGAGCGUUACCCAGAUGCUUCUUGAACUCAGUCAAGCUUGGUGCUGUGACCACUUCCCUGGGGAGCCUGUUCCAGUGCCUGACCACCCUCUCAGUGAAGAACCUUUUCCUGAUAUCUGACCUAAACCUCCCCCGUCGCAGCUUCAUGCCGUUCCCUCGGGUUCUGUCACUGGUGACCAGAGGGAGGAGAUCAGCGCCUGCCCCUUCACUCCCCCUCGUGAGGAAGUUGUAGGCCGUGAUGAGGUCUCCCCUCAGUCUCUUCUUCUCUAGGCUGAACAAACCAAGGGACUUCAGCCUCUCCUCAUACGUCUUCCCCUCUAGACCCUUCACCAUCUUUGUUGCCCUCCUUUAGACACUCUGCAAUAGUUUCAUGUCCUUUUUGUACUGUGGCGCCCAAAACUGCACGCAGUACUCGAGGUGAGGCUGCACCAGUGCAGUGUAGAGUGGGACAAUCCCUUCCCUAAACCGGCUAGCAAUGCCGUGCUUGAUGCACCCCAGGAUACAGUUGGCCUUCCUGGCAGCCUGGGCACACUGUUGACUCAUGUUCAACUUGCUGUCGACCAAGACCCCCAAGCCCCUUUCAGCACGGCUGGUCUCCAGCAUCUCAUCGCCCAGUCUGUAUGUACAGACAGGGCUGCCCCUUCCCAGGUGCAGAACCUGGCACCUGCCCUUGUUAAACCUCAUGUGGGUGGUGAUUGCCCAGUUCUCCAGUCUGCCCAGAUCUCUCUGCAAGGCCUCUCCACCCUCGAUGGACUCAACAGCUCCUCCCAAUUUGGUGUCAUCUGCAAACGUGUUGCUCACAACACCUUCUAGUCCUACAUCCAAGUCAUUUAUGAAAACAUUAAAAAGAACUGGCCCUAACAUGGAGCCCUGGGGAACCCCACUGGUGACUGGCUGCCAGCCUGAUGUAACCCCGUUUACCAUAACUCUUUGGGCCCGACCCAUCAGCCAGUUGCUCACCUAUCGCACUAUGUUUUUGUCAAGCUGUAUGCUGGACGUUUUGUCCAGAAGGAUACUGUGAGAGACAGUAUCGAAAGCUUUACUGAAAUCUAAAAAAAUGACAUCAGCUGGCUUCCCUUGGUCAACUAGAUGGGUGAGCUUGUCGUAAAAGGAAACUAAGUUUGUUAAACAGGUCCUUCCUUUUACGAACCCGCGUUGGCUGUGACCAAUGACUGCGUUGUCCUUCAGGUGUUUUUCGAUAACUCCCAGCAUAAUUUUCUCCAUAAUUUUACCAGGCACUGAAGUGAGACUGACAGGCCUGUAAUUACCAGGGUCUUCUUUCUUGCCCUUCUUGAAGAUUGGAACAAUGUUUGCCAGCUUCCAGUCAACUGGGACCUCUCCAGACUCCAAGACCAUUGAAAAAUAAUUGAGAGAGGUCUCACAAUGACAUCAGCCAGCUCUCUGAGCACCCUAGGAUGAAUCCCAUCGGGCCCCAUGGACUUGUAUGCAUCCAGGUGGAGCAGCAAGUCCCACACAAGUUUGGGGUCAGCUGGGAGUUUAUUGUUACUGCAAUCAUGGUCCUCCAACUCGGAGCAACUGGGGUCCCAGAGCCCAUCAUCAGUGUUGAAGACAGAGGCGAAGAAGACAUUAAACAUCUCUGCUUUGUCUAUGUCCCUGUUUGUAAGGUGACAAGCUGCUACAGGCCUUUUGUGAUGCAUCUAGUGAUGCAUAGAGGCUAGUGAAUCUUAUCAAGCCACAGCCUAAAGAUUUUCCCUACAUAGUGGAUUUCUUAGGAUAAAACACAGGUGGCUACACAGAUGUUAGAAACCAAAGAAAGCAUGGGAUAAGAUGUCAGCAGCAGGCUGUUUAUGUCGUAUCGGUUACUUUGGACCUGAGGCAAACAGACACAACUUUUAGCAGAUUUUAAGUCUAUGAUUCAUCCUGCCUAACCGUAAGUAUCUAUAUGUGCACCUCCAGUAAUCCACACAGAAGAAGAAUGGAGUGGAAGAGUUUCAAUACUUUGCCAUAAAUUGCUACUGCAGCUGCAAAAUAGCUAUAGCCUAAAUUACAUUGUGAGGCAUCGAAUCUCUCCCACCUUUGCUGAUGUCUCAAUAUGCCAUAUCAUCAUGGCUUUCUGCGAAAAGGGAAAUUCAGCCAGAAUGGAAAAGGUACAUUUGCUCAUUGCUCUGAGGUAGCUAAGCUUUUUGAGGAAUUUGCCAGCUAAAUACAUUUGAACACAAUUAUCAUAAAUCUGUUUCAUUCUUUAAGCUGAAGAAAUGUGCAGCAUGAUUAUUUUUCCCUUGAAUUUGCUUUUAUUUUUUAAAACACUUUGUUACUGCCAAGGUGGGAGCAACACCUUCUGAAAGUGGCCUUUUAACAUCUGAAAGUACAUUAAGAAGAGAAUAAACUAGUGUUCUGUAAAAUCAGAAUAACCUUCAGCUAAGUGUGUGGGCCUUUCAUUCUCUCUCUUUGCAACAAUAUUUUUGCUUGCAGCUCUUUAAGGAAUAGCUCUUUAUUAGGAAAUAUGUGAGAUUUUGCAGUUGUACACAGUCGAUUGUUGCAAAAUCAUGACACACCAGUGGGGAAUAACAGGAUCUCUAAACCUCCUUUGAUGUACAGAGGGAUGAUGUAUGUAACAGAAUUUACCCCAGGAACAGGAAUUAGCCCUCUCAUUCUUGCACUAUUAGUCAAAUCUCUCACUUGGAAUAAUUAUUUGAAAAGUUUGAACUGUGUUUUCAAUGUCAAAUUUAUGCAUGUGUCACUUUAAGUGUGAAUUACUUUUUAGUAGCAUAAAAGCCCUAAAAAGAAGCAUAAAGGCUCCCCAGAAGUAAUGAAUUCUAUAAAAUUCAUAAAAUUGAAGAUAUAAAUUUUUAAUGAAUUACCUUUCCUUUGAACUCUAAUUUUAUUAACAGUUUUUCUUUGGCAUUAAAUUUUCUAAUUUGACUUUUUUCUUUAGCAAAGAUAUAUUUUAUAUACAAUUUUAGUAUUCAAUUCUAAUAUUCCUAACUUUUAAAGAAAUACAAUUUAUUGAAGUGGGACAUGUGCUCCCAAAACUUAUCACAUAAAAUGCAGGCCUGAAGAAUGGUCUUGAUGAUACUAUGUAACUACAAGGAUUAUUUAUACAAAUGCAGUAAACUGACCUUAUCUAAUACUAGUAAGAGGAUAUAUGUGUUUAUGGAACAAACUGUAGAACAAAUAUGUGAUGAUAAUCGAUUUAUGUUAAAGAAGUGAAUUCUGUGGAAUAUCUGUUUAUGUGUCUAUGUUUAAAUGGCUGGAAAAUACACAGUUGCUUUAAAUGUCAUUAAAGUGUUUAAAGUGUAGUAACAGCAGGUGUUCAAAAUGAAUAAGCAGAUAUUUUUUGUGAUCUCUGAAGCAUUGUAUAUGUGGAGUUCACAUCAUGAAGCCUGUAACUGUAUUUCAUAAUUUUUCAUGAACUGUAAACAAUUUAAAGGUGUUGUGCAAGGAAACCAGUCAUCUAAGCCAGUUCAUGGAUAUCAGGCAUCUUCUACAAAGCCAUAAAGAGAAAGAAAUGAAAAAGUGUCAUGAGAUCAGGCACUGUACUCUCAAAGAAUUGCUACCUCAGAUUUUUUUUCUUGCUCCCUUUAAAAAUGCAGACAAAAGUAUUUUACUUUGUGUAUCAAAUUGUGAAUCAUUCUAUGAAGAUUAAAAAAAUCUUAUUUGUAAAGUUCAAAUUAUUUUUGUUAGCUAACAGCUUGUCAUGAAAUCAUCACUUGUGUUGCACUGGUAGUACUAGGAUGGGAUAUUUGAGAUGUGUAGCAAAAUGAAAUGCUUUUAAUGUGAAAAAAUAACAGAUGAAUUUCCAUAUUGUAGGGAAAGCCAUACUGACCAGCUUGGCAGCCAAGCAUCAGUCCCCUUCCUGGGCUGAAAAGUUUUUUGCCACUGCCUGUGUGCUCAGCUCACUAGGACUGGAUGAGCUGAGUUGUCAGAGAUGCUCUAAUUCUGGAUCUCAGCAAUGGAACUAAGCAUUUAUCAAUACUUGCUAUUUAGAAAGACCUAUUUUCAGCUGAGUUCCUGAGAAGUAAUCUUCAAACUGUUCCUAAAUGAGUGAAAAUGGAGACUAGCCCUGCUCUCAACUAUCUCAAACCCUCAUACUAAAUUCAUACUCCAGUUCCUGAGGGUGUGGAAAGAUGGACUGAAUUACAUUAAUUGGAACAAUCUUGUGGCCCUGCCUUAAAAACCAUUUUGAAACAACGAAGGGAAUUUCUUCAUCUUUCCUGUGUAUGUAAAGUAGGAGAUUAAAGAUAAAUGGAAUACAGAAAUACAUAAUAUAUGGAGAUAGAAAGAGAGACUUAAUGAAGGGAAAAGGGACACUGUUGCUGCACAUGGCAGAAUGGAAGAGAAGUACAGUCACUACGGGAUGGUACAUAUAUAGGUAGAGAAAUCAGAGGGGAUAAACAUGCAUUUCGAUUACAGCAGAGAAGGGAGGGAGAACAGAAAAUGCUAGCAAAGAAAUCAAAUGUAAGAGCAGAUAGGAAAAAAUGAGUACUAGUAGAACUGAGUGAUAAAUGAGUUUGUAAGAAAAAAAGGAAAACACUUUUAUAUCAAAAGUGGGGAUAUGCCCAGCUAUAUUAGAUAGUCCACAAAAGUAGUACAGCCUUAUUAAAUGCUAAACAGUUGGCAAAAUGCUGAAAUCAGCUACGGAUCACCUAUUAUAUGUGAGCAGAAGAAGUCCUAUACAUGGGAAGUGGUCAUUCACUUUCUAUCAUUUACAGGAGUUUCUUCCACAUAUCUGACAUUUGUCCUGGGCAAACAGAAUACUUGAAGAGCUACACUCCUCAUCUGAUCUGCUGUUGCAUUUCGUACAUUCCUAAGGAAAAAAAUCAAGAGAAAUUAAGUGUACCACACUGUUUUUAAAAGCAACCUUCAAUUUUUCAGACAGAACUACAGAUGAGGUGUAUGGUGUAUUUAUUCAUUUACAUUGUCUCACACACAUGCCUAUUAUUCUUAAGCAUUCUUCUAUUUUUUAUUUAUUAAAGAUAAUGUAAUGACUCAGAAGCUCCAAGAGAAAAAGCACUUUGUGGAUACUAGUAAAUGGUUUCUUUGCAUUUCUGGGCGUUGUUUAGUUUGUACCUGUGACAAUGUAUCUGUUAACAUUUUCCUUAAUCAGAAAGUCCCUGCCUUGGUGAUAAAUUUGGAAAAUUACCAAGUCAGGCUUAAAAUACAUCUUUUCCAUUUAAAUUAUCAGAUACUAUUGUACCUGUCAAAAGCAGCACUGAUAUGCUAA